AUGGGUAAGAAGCGCAAAGUUUCCAAUGGCGAUCAAAAACCUAAAUCUCCGCCUCUUGUUUCAUCUUACAAUGAUAAGAUACGUCCAAUACUUGACGCUGUCGAUAAACUCCGCCGCCUAAAUGUUACCCAACAAGGCAUACCUCUGCCUACUAUCGUUGUCGUUGGAGAUCAAUCCUCUGGUAAGUCUAGUGUUCUAGAGUCACUCGCCGGCAUAAGUUUGCCUCGAGGACAAGGUAUCUGCACACGGGUACCUCUUAUAAUGAGGCUUCAACACCACCUGGAUCCUGUGCCAGAGUUCCGUCUACAGUUUAAGGAAAAAAAUGUUACGAUCACCGAGGAAAGCCAAAUAGCAGAAGCCAUCGAUUUGGCUACAGUGGAGAUUGCUGGAAGUUCUAAAGGCAUAUCCAAUGUUCCGUUAACACUAGUGGUAAAAAAGAAUGGUGUUCCGGAUCUUACAAUGAUUGAUUUACCUGGAAUCACUCGGGUUGCUGUUCAUGAUCAACCUGAAAACAUUUACGAACAAAUUACAGAUAUCAUAAUGGAGCAUAUAAAGCCUGAAGAAAGUAUCAUUCUCAAUGUUCUUUCUGCCGAUGUUGAUUUUACAACAUGUGAAUCCAUUAGAAUGUCACGACGUGUGGACAGCACUGGACAGAGGACACUCGCUGUUGUUACCAAAUCUGACCGAUCCCCGAAUGGCCUGCUUGAGAAGGUUACUACAAAUGCGGUCAACAUUGGGCUCGGCUAUGUCUGUGUUAGAAACCGGAUCGAUAAUGAAACAUACAAUGAAGCUCAAAUCAUAGAAGCAAAGCUUUUUGAAAGUCAUCCUUUAUUGUCUGUGAUUGACAAGUCCAUGGUGGGUAUUCCUGUUUUGGCACAAAAGCUUGUUCAAAUCCAAUCGGUGACCAUAUCCAAGUGUUUGCCAGAUAUUGUCAAGAAGAUCAAAGAGAAGCUCAAUGAUUCAGUUUUGGAGCUCAACAAAUUACCACAGAAUCUUAAAAGUAUCCCUGAAGCAAUGAUUGCUUUUACUCAGAUCAUUGGUUCCUUGAAGGAAACUCUUCAGAAAUUUUUGAUAAGAGGUGAGUUUGAUGACUUAGAGAAUGAACAUACGUGUUGCAAUGCUCGGUUGGCUGAGAUGGUAGAUGACUUCUCAAAAGAGCUACAUACGGAUGACAAAAUUUCUGAAAAUUUUCUGGUUGAAGAGUUGCGGGUUUUGAAGGAAGCUAAUGGAAUCCAGUUGCCUCAAUUUCUUCCUAACUAUGUGUUUUUAUACUUGCUACAACGAAAAGUGAGCAGCAUCUCUGAUUUACCCGUUAGAUUGGUAAACAAAGUGUGGGACUAUCUUGAGAGCAUUUGUGUUGAAGUCUUGAUAGAUCAUUGUGGGAGUUAUCCCCAGUUGCAUUCUCCUAUGAGGAAAGCAACUCAGAAUUUGAUGGCAAAAAUGAAAAACAAGUUUUUAAAAAGGGUUUUUGAAAUGAUAGAAAUGGAGAAGAGCACAGAUUACACAUGUGACCCUAAUUAUAUUGUUUUGUGGAAUCAACUGAAGUCCAAAGAUUAUGAUACGUUAUCACAGGCAGUUUUAAACCGUUCAAAAGUGGUUAAUCUUAAAGGGCAUGGCACGGUUACGAUUGAUCAUUUGUUUAAUGUUCCUGAAAAUGUAAGGGAACAAGCCUUUGAUUUGAAAAUGAGGAUGGUUGCUUAUUGGGGAAUUGUUCUGAAACGAAUGGUGGAUUGGUUAGCGCUUCAGCUUCGUUUUAUGAUCCGGAAAGUUGUCAAUAAGGAGAUGGAGACAGCAAUAUUGAAUGAGGUGAUGUUGCCUGCAGGUGGUGGCAUAGAAAAGAUGUUGGACGAACCUCCUUCUGUGGCUAAAAAUAAGGAGAGGCUUCAAAGGAGCAUUGCGUUGCUUCAGGAAUCCAAAGAAAUCAUUGAGCAAGUUAUGAGUGACAUUCUUAUCACAGCUGAUUAGAGUCCGUUUUAAUUACUUGCACGUUC